CCUGUGACGUGGGCCGGGGAAGGCGCUGCGGCGCCCGGGCUCGCGCUGGAGAGCGAGGGGGAACGCAAAAUGGCGGAGCUCGAAGACGUAACGCUGGAUGGGAAGCCGCUUCAUUCGCUCCGGGUGGCGGAUUUGAAAGCCGCCUUGGAGCAGCGGGGUCUUCCCAAAAGCGGGCAGAAAAAUGCACUUAUUAAGCGACUAAAGGGGGCUCUGAUGCUGGAGAACCUGCAGAGAACCUCCACUCCACACAUUGGGCUCCAGCCCAAUUCUCAGAUGGGGGAGGAAAUGAGCCAGAACAGCUUUAUAAAGCAGUACCUGGCCAAGCAGCAGGAGCUCCUCAGGCAGCGGCUGGAGCGGGAGGCUCGGGAGGCUGCUGAAGCGGACGGUGAAAAGCAAAAUACGGACAGUGCCGUAGCACCCGAAGAGGAAGACCACACAGAGGGUAACAACAUCGCUUCCUGUCCAGUAGAGGAGCAGCCCUCAUUGUCCUCACGUACCAUGUUUGGUCAGCCAGAAGAUGACGACGGGGAUGAAACGAUGACCCAGGACGUCGAUCGAGCCAAAGAAGACAUGGAAACUGCCAUACCUUCUGCUCCCCUGUCACACCGCAGGGCACUGAUACAACACGCCUCAGAGAGACAAACAGAAGCGCCCUCUGCCUUCAGUUCACUUGCCCCUGAACCUGGACCCCAGGAGGCCCCUGAGGUCCCCAGAGGCAGAGCUCACCGCUCCUCCUCCAGCCGCUUGAGUCAUGAGGAGCCUUCGACACUGGAGGCAGCCACAGGAGCUGCUCCACCCCGUGCUGUAGCCUCUCUGUCUGUCCGUGUCGUUGGGGACCAUGCAAAGGAGGGCUCUGCCCAAUCGGGGUCUGCUUCACCCCAUUCCACUCCGCAGCUUGGCCGGUCUGCCCGGGGAUCUGGAUUCGGGCAGGACGAAAGCGAGGAAGAAGAUGACAGCGAUGAGGAUGAAGACUGGGGUGUUGGGGCUGCCAGGAGGGGUGCCGGUCGAGGCCAGCCCCACAGCAACCUGCAGUCGUUGCGAGAGAGAUCCAGGCGUAAACAACUGCCCCCACAGCAUAUACCCCCACCGCAACUACCCCAUCAGGCCCCGCUACAGCUGCGGCAACCCACUCCCCCACCAUCUCCUCCACCUGAGUUGUCCUUCCCGUUGCCUGACACACCAAAACAGAGCCCUCCUGGCCUGGAUGAGCCUGAGGGGGCAGCAGCUGCUGCAGCAGCAGGAAGUGCAGAGAGGGUGGGAUCGCCCCCCUCUCUUCAGCGCCAGGAGAGUAGCUCGAGUUCCGGCAGCUCUGGUUCCAGCAGUCCAGAACCUUCUCAUCAGCGUGGGCCUGGCCCGCUCACCCUCCUGGCCCUUAAGAUGGAGUCUGAGGGGGCAUUUGCCAGGGGACGAGAACGCAGCCGCUCCGAGGAUGACGAGCAGAAAACCGGUGCCCCUGAUGCCGGAGAAUCUGCCUCCCCGGCUUUGGAAUCCCCAGGUGAAGGGCGCCAAGAGAGAACAGCACCCCCGGUCAUACAUGCUGGAAGUGUAGAUUCUCAGUCGCCGUCCCCUGCUGACAUUCCCACUGUACACGGGAGGAAGAGCGAGGCAACGAUGAUGUUCGCUGCAAAAGAUCUGACGACUUCCACCAUUCUUUGCACCAGCUUCAGCAGAGAAGAUUCCGCCUCAGCGACGUUUGUGACGGCACCUGUAGAAGAUCAGAAGGAAGAGAAAGAACCAGGCAAACCCCAGGAAGACACUGCAAAGCUGUCGGAGGUGGGAGAACCUAAACUCUCGGGGGGAAAGGGGGAAGAGGAGGUUCAGGUUUCUUCCGUGGCAGCUGGGAAAGAGAGAGAGAGCUGUCUUCCUCCGUGGAAGCGUGGGCGAGAACUUGGGGCUCCGGUGUCCGGCCCCUCUUCUCCCGCUCAGGGUGAAAAAGAGGAGCCCCUCGUAAGCCGAGUUCCCGGAAGACAAUCUGAGGCACCGGAGAGUCAGGCUCCCACAGCCCUAUCGCCUCAGCCCCCUUCCAAAAAGUUCCGCUUACUGCGUGACAUGCCUGCUUCUUCUCCACCUGCCUCACCGCCCUCUGUGUCCUCAGCUGUUGUUAAGCAUACUGGCGUUUCACCUGAAGCCCCUCCUGCAGGGCUGCAAGCCCGACUCAUCUCCCCACCCCCAGAUGAGGGACACAGGAGCAGUAGGAGCCUUGAUGCAGAGAGCGGGGGGGUGCCCAUCGAUCCACUGGCUCUCGUGAGCGAUAAAACAGCUGUCUCAGGCGGGCAGGUCACAGAGCCUGCAGCGUCCCACGUGGAGGGGGGAAUGGCAGAGGCCCACAGUGAGGGUAAGGUGCCUUCAGGCAAGCCUGGAUCCCAGUUAGGGAGUGAGAAGGGGCUUAGCGACACUGCUGGUCAGGCACAUGUGAGGACAGCUAAGCCAGUGGAGGGUGAGAAACCCGGGCAACAGUUGGCUGCAGAAGCCCCCGUGGGGCCUGUGCUUCCUCCGUCACCCCCAUCAGAGGAAGGCGAUGUCGAACGAGAGAAGGAGAGGUCUUCAUCAUCAUCCUCCAACUCUUCGUCCUCUGAUUCUGACAGCGAAUCGUCAUCUUCACGUUCUUCUGAGUCGUCGUCCUCGUCAAGGGACAAAUCCCGCUCCGCAGCUGGCAGCAGAAAUCUUGGUGGCAAAAAGAGAGACGGGAAGAUUGCCUCUCAGCAGGACACACCGGGCAGCCCCCGUCGCAAGAGGAGAGCAGAGCAGCAGCUGCAGGAGGCAGAGGAGGCUGAAGGUGCAAGUCAAAGCAAGAAGCCUUGUCCUGGCCAGGAUGGAACAGAUCAAGAUAAAACAUUAGAGAUGAAAGCAGUUGGAAUCAAGAGGGACUCCUCAGCCAGGGAGUUGAAGCAGGCUGCUAUGUCGGAGCCGGCUGACUCUGCGAUGCAGGUGGACGCACACUCAGAGUCGGAGGGCGCAGGGGUACAGCCGCACCCUGACAGCCACGGGGCUUCAGAGAGCAAUGAGGGCCGCUCAGAGGAGAGUGCUACACCAAAGUCAUUCACUGCCCGAAAGAUCUCGUUGAACACAGCUAGUAAGCCCUCCCUGUGUGUUGGGGGCACGGCGCAAACGGCAGCCUCCUCCACGGCUCUACCGGAGUCCGAGACCGGGGGCCAGGCAGCUAGGAAGAGAAGGUGGGGCUCGAGCACUGUUGUUACUGCCAAGAAGCCGUCCAUCAGCAUCACCACAGACUCACUGAAGUCUCUAAUCCCAGACAUCAAGCCAGCCGCAGGCGCCGGGCCACAGGAGGCGAUAGUGGACCUGCACCCGGAUGAGGGGCACCUCUCCGCAGAUGAGGAGGCUGCUGAUCGAGGCGAGAGGGGGGACCAAGGCCUGGAAAAGGGCUUGAAGAUCAGGCGCACAGUAACGCAGGUGGUGCCUGCUGAAAACCAGAGAACGGGCAGAAGGACAAGGAAGGAAGAGGAUGAGGAUGAGGAAAGACAAAGUGACAGGGUUGUUCUGGAGGAGGGGAAAGAUGGCUCUGCUGAGGUCGCCUUGGAAACGCAAGUGGUGCCUUCGGCCCGUGAGACUGAAGUAAAGAAAGUCACACCUAGUGACACUUUGGUGCGUCGCUCCAUCAGCCAGCAGAAGUCGGGCGUCUCCAUUACCAUCGACGACCCUGUCCGAAGCACAAAGCAGCCUUCGCCACCACGUGGCAAGAUCACAAACAUUGUCCACAUCUGUAACCUGGUAAGACCUUUCACUCUGGGCCAGCUGAAGGAGCUGCUGAACCGAACCGGAACUGUGGUGGAAGAGGGUUUCUGGAUCGACAAGAUCAAGUCACACUGCUAUGUGACAUACUCCAGCACAGAAGAGGCAGUUGCCACACGUGCCGCACUUCAUGGAGUUAAGUGGCCCCAGAGCAAUCCCAAAUUCCUCAGCGUGGACUUCUCAGAGCAGGAUGAGCUCGACUUCCACAGAGGUCUCCUGACUGUAGAACGCAGCGGUGGGGAGGAGGAGCGCAGCGUCCCUGCCGGGCCUCCCUCCGGACCCCCGGGUCGGCCGGGGACGCUUCCUCCCUUAAUGCCCGAGCGACAGCAGCGCGAGCGCGGCAGCGGAGGAGUGCGCGACCAGUGGGCCGAGAGGGAGCGCGAGAUGGAGCGCAGAGAGAGGACCCGUGCCGAGCGAGAGUGGGACCGAGACAAGGUGCGGGACUUCGGCAAGCCGGGGGAGGAGCGAGAGAGCGCAGCCAGACGCUCUCGCUCGAGGGACAGAGAGAGGAGGCGCAAGGAGAGGGCCAAGAGCAAGGAGAGGAAAACGGAGAAGAAAGAGAAGGCCCCGGAGGAGCCCCCCGCCAAGCUGCUGGAUGACCUGUUCUGUAAAACCAAAACGGCGCCCUGUAUAUAUUGGCUCCCCCUCACAGAAGAGCAGGCGGCGCAGCGAGGAGCAGAGCGCGCCGAGCGCAUGAAGGAGCGCGAGAAGCGGAGGAAGGAGCUACAAGAGGAAGAGGACAAGAAGCGAGAGGAGGAGCGCAAGGAGAGGGUGAAGGGCAGAGAAAAAGAGGGCGGGGCUGUGCCCAGCACGGGGGUGGGGGUACCGGCCGAGUUGCAGAGGGGGACAGGGAGAGAGCGGGACCGCGACCGGGGUCGAGAUAGUAGAGAUAGGGAUAGGGAUAGAGAGGGGGACAAAAGGCGAGACUCGUACCGCGCCCGUGCGGCCGAGUCCAAAGCUGAAGGUGGCGCCAAAGGGGGGCUCGGCGGGGGCCUGAGUGGGCUUGGCGGGGGCCGGCGCUCUCGCAGUCGUAGUAACCCCCCCUCGUCCCGGGACCGACGCCGCUGACCACCAUCUCGGGGGGUGGAACAACACGCUCUGAGCCCAGCGCUGAGGGUUUGGGAGUUUGAGGUU